CGAUUACUUAACGCUCCAGAUUCCUGCCCCUUCCCCAUUUACCAUCCACAACCGUCAUACGCUCCGAGCUCCCCAAGAUCCAUAUUAUUUCCCAGCGCCGCGACCCGUGCUUGGGCACAAGCUUUUAUUGCCCUGCAUUUAGCGCAUUGCCCUUGAUUGACCAUUGCCCGUCUGCACUCCCGGCUGGCCGCAGCAGGCGCGCAAGUUCAGCUGCCGCGCCCGAAACGCAAAUCGCAAAAUGUCUUCGCCAGAAUACCGUGCUGGGAAGCGGCCACGAACGCAAUCGCUGCCUCCCCCUGCGCUGCCCCAGCUAGUCGCCGAGCAGCACCAGGCCAUUCCUGCGUCGGACAAGGACUCCAAGCGACUCAUCGUCGUUUUGGCCAAUGCCAGCCUCGAGACCUACAAGGCCUCGCACUCGUCGGCACCUAGCCGCCUGGGCGUCCAGCGCGAGGAGAAGUACUCGCUGCUCAACAGCGACGAGCAUAUCGGUGUCAUGCGGAAGAUGAAUCGCGACAUCAGCGACGCCCGCCCCGACAUCACUCACCAGUGCCUGCUCACGCUGCUAGACUCGCCCAUCAACAAAGCUGGCAAGCUCCAGAUCUACAUCCAAACCGCCAAGGGCGUCCUGAUCGAGAUCUCGCCCUCGGUCCGCAUACCGCGCACCUUCAAGCGCUUCGCCGGUCUCAUGGUGCAGCUGCUGCACCGCCUGGCCAUUCGAUCUACUAACUCGCAGGAGAAGCUCCUCCGCGUGAUCCAGAACCCCAUCACGGACCACCUGCCGCCCAACUGCCGCAAGGUCACGCUGAGCUUCGAUGCCCCCGUAGUGCGCGUGCGGGACUACAUCGACCGCCUAGGCCCCGACGAGAGCAUCUGCGUCUUUGUCGGCGCCAUGGCCAAGGGCGAGGACAAUUUUGCCGACGAGUGGGUGGACGAGAAGAUCGGGAUCAGCAACUACAGCCUGUCGGCCAGUGUUGCCUGCAGCAAAUUCUGCCAUGCUGCCGAGGACUCGUGGGACAUUCUCUAAGCAGAUUACCACGGCCACUGAAACCGCAAGGGCUUGAGUUUGCGUUUUUGAGCGGUUUAGCCUUUUUUCUUUGACUGUUCUUUUCACCCUCUUUGCGUUUUCGACCUCACUCUCAUAUCCUACCCUCUCCAUCCACUAUAUGAACUGGUGAAAGGCCGGGCCGCAUGGCUGGACUCCCCGAUACAACAUCGCGGACGAAUGCUAGCGUCAUGCUCGGCUCUUGGGUCGUUCUUUGCGCUUUCGCUGUUUUUACAACCAAAACAUUGGGCGUUCAACAACGGAUCCAAGACGCUUUCAAGUGUCUUAUCGUGGGCCAUUUCAACCUGGCCCACGCCCUGCCCCUUUUCCCUUGUCACCUCUCAAUAGUCCCUAGCGAUGCGCUUGCCUUGGGACUAAGCACAUCUCCCGAGUAGAGUUCAUUUCCAGCAUCCACUCUCAUGCACCUUCCUGCCCUUCUUUCCCUUGCAUCCAGAGAUAGCGGCAAAAGCGAGGGAAGCGUUUGUGGUGGGACCACAUGAGUUCCGAAGGAGUCGGAUGGAUCUAGAAGGAAGGGGAAAAAAAAGUGGCAGACAGCGAGCGUGCCAAGCCACCGGUGCACAAGGAAGGCCCCACCGAAGCGAUGGAACAGUUCGAGAAAAUGGACGAUGACGAUAUACCAAAGAUGGGCAUCCGGGCAUCCUGCAGACAUUUUGGAUGGACUGCCACCUGAGUGGGGUGGCGGUGUGCACAGAGAGACCCCAUCUACGGCCAGGAAAGGGCGCAUAUGGCGGGUAUUCGUGCCCAGCCACGCUUAGGUUGGAUUCGGGGAGUAGUUGCGGGAAUGUUGGAGCGAAUGGCAGCUGCAGGACAAAGUAAUCAAAUGCCUCUGUUGCUGCCUCACUUUUCGCCCUGUCGCGCAAAUGACGCCUCG